AUGUCCAAACUUCUCCACCUGGUCAUCCUGGUGAUGGCCUUCCUGGUGGUAACAACAGAGACUCAGGCAUCAAUACUGAAGACCACACAGUGGCCACGACUGAAGCCCACUAAAAAGCCUUUGACUCAGGAUGAAGUUGGUGCUCCACAGCCACCUGGCCACUUGGGCACCCGGCAGAUCACCACCACUAUGAGCCCUACUACCAGUGGUGUCACAGAAGAAACCACAGACUCCAUGAUGGAUGUGUACUCCACCUUGCCUACCGAUAGCACCACCUACUCUAGUGAUGCCUAUUCUGCUGACUACCACACUGAAGCCAUGGUUCCUCCUAGGGUGGGCCCUGGGAACUUCACUCUGGAAUACAACGAGUGCUUCUUUAACUUCUGUGAGUGUUGUCCACCAGAGAGAGGUCCUCCAGGACCAGUGGGAGAAAAGGGGUUGCCAGGUAUUCCAGGGGGAAAGGGGGAGAUGGGACCUCCUGGACCUCCAGGUAAAGAUGGACUCACCAGUGAUCCUGGGACACAUGGAGAGAAAGGAGAGAAAGGUGAUCCUGGAGUGACUGGGCUGCCUGGUAUUCCCGGCGUUAAUGGGAAACAAGGAGAGAAAGCGGAGAGCGGAGUGAAUGGCCUCAAAGCAGAUGCAGGUAUACCAGGGCCGAAAGGAGACCCAGGGGACCGUGGAGAGCCUGGCUGGAAUGGAACAAAUGGAGAGGUUGGUGAGCCUGGCAAGCCUGGACUGAUGGGGCCCUCUGGACCAGAUGGAACCAAGGGGGAGAAAGGAAACAAAGGAGACUGUCCAUUUGGUGAAAGGGGGCAGAAAGGCAGUACAGGUGAGCCAGGGCUUCAAGGGCUAAAAGGAGACAUGGGCAUGCCAGGUCUGAAUGGCACAGAUGGCCUUCCUGGUGCUAAGGGGCCCAAAGGAGAAACAGGACCCCCAGGUAAGCAGAGAGAGAGUGGUCCUCCAGGACCUCAAGGACCACCAGGGCAGAGGGGGAUGCCAGGGAUGAAAGGAGCCAGGGGACUGAAGGGUGCACGAGGUUUAAAGGGGUUGAAGGGCACUAAAGGUGAACCUUCCAUUCAGAAGCGCUCAGCCUUCAGUGUCGGCCUCUUUCCCAGCCAAUCGUUCCCGCCACCAGGCCUGCCAAUUAAAUUUGACAAAGUCAUUUACAAUGAAGAAUGUCACUGGAACCCACACACCAGCAAGUUUAACUGCACUCAUGGGGGUGUUUAUGUGUUUUCCUACUACAUAACUGUGCGUAAUCGUCCCUUACGUGCAGCCCUGGUCGUGAAUGGCAUUCGGAAACUGCGAACUCGUGACUCGCUCUACGGUCAGGACAUUGACCAGGCAUCCAACAUGGCAGUGUUGCAUCUAGUAUCUGGUGACCAGGUAUGGCUGGAGACUCUGCGGGACUGGAAUGGUGUUUAUUCCAGUAGCGAAGACGACAGCACAUUUUCUGGAUUCCUGCUCUAUGCGGAUGCCAAGAAUUGA